AUGCUGACCGGCCGCAAGCUUGGCUUUACGGCCGAUGGCGCAGAUGCCGCAACUUGCCCUGUUUGCCUGGAUGACUUCGCAACCGGGACCGUGGCCGCACGAUUGCCUUGCGACCACGUCUUCUGCUCUGCGUGUAUCGAGCACUGGGUCUCCAAUCAUACCUUCACAUGCCCCAUGUGUCGGUUCAACCUUGAGACAGGCUCGGCCCAAGUGGAGGAUUGCCAGCACUGA